CCGGGAGGACGUAUCGGGAUAACGUUGGAGCUUCCUAAUGCAGCAAGAGGCGAAGGUCGCACUACAUAAUAGAAUCAGAUGAAGAUGAGAUACGGGAAACUCCCCUCACAAAAGUUAAAAUGUCCUUGACAGCAAUCCUCGACCACUCCGGCGUUCAUUCAGACCGACCGCAAGAAGAAAGAUGGCCAUGAGGCGUUCUUGGUUCAAACCGCCGAGCGACAAUGCCUCAGUCCCGGAGAUAAGCCCAAUCGAGCCAUCAGAGAGUAAUACAAGCUCGUCCGGGGAAAAGCAAGAUGUGAAGAGCCGCGAAGUAGAUGUGUCGCAAGCUACCCAGGACCUCAUGAAGGUCAAGAUUGCACACCAGUGGGACCCUAACCUGCCCCCGGAGAAAAUCGAAGCCAUCGACAAAGCCCUCAAGGAUGGCGACACCGAAGAAAUCCUCGCCGCCGAUGCGUUGUUCUCGGAGGACUCGCCCUACGAGGAAGUCCGCGCUGCUGUGCGGAAUACUGAUGGAGAGGAGGUGGCUAACACAGUUCGCGCCUGGAUCUUGGGCAUGGUCUUUGUGACGAUUGGAAGUGCUCUGAACAUGUUCUUGAGCAUGAGGAACCCUCAGAUCAACUUCCCUGCCAUCGUUGUGCAGUUGCUGGUCUACCCCAUCGGCUGCCUCUGGGCGAAAAUCGUCCCGACCAGGGUCUUUAACACCUUUGGUAUGCAGUGGACCUUCAACACUGGCCCCUUCACUAUCAAGGAGCACGUCGUCAUCACCUUGAUGUCCAAUGUCUCCAUCGGGUACGCUUACAGCACCGAUGCCCUGGUCGCAUUGAAAGGCAAGCCGUUUUAUAACCUCGACAUGGGAUGGGGCUUCCAGCUGCUCUUCACGCUGAGCUCUCAGCUGAUCGGCAUCGGGUUGGCCGGUCUCUGCCGCCGCUUCUUGGUUUGGCCUUCGGCCAUGAUCUGGCCGAACCAAUUCGCCAACACGUCCUUGUUCCACGCCCUCCACGACCGGAGAAAGAGCGAUGGCAGCCAGUCUAAUGGCUGGGUAAUCAGCAGGUAUCGCUACUUCUUCUAUGUGCUCAUCGCCAUGUUCUGCUACUACUGGAUCCCGGCUGUUCUCUGGCAGGGCCUGUCGGUGUUCGCCUUCGUCACAUGGAUCCGACCCGACAACGUGGUGCUAAAUCAACUGUUUGGGGGCUUCACCGGCCUGUCGCUGAUACCCAUCACCUUCGACUGGACAUACGUCACCGCCUACCUGAUGGAUCCUCUGCUGUCGCCGACCCACACGCACGUCAAUGUGCUCGUCGGCGUGUUCAUGUUCGUCAUCAUCCCGACCAUCGGCAUGGCCUAUACCGGUUCCCUAUUCGCGGAUUACCUCCCCAUAAACACCUCACAGACCUACGACAACGCUCAGGGCGCGUACAACGUGACCAAGAUCCUGGGCGACAACUUGAGGUUCGACGUGGACAAGUACAAGCAGUACUCGCCCAUCUUCCUCGCGCCGACCUUUGCCCUCAACUACGGCCUCUCGUUUGCAGCGUUGAUCGCGGUGCUGGUCCACGUCGCGCUCUUCCACGGCAGAGAGAUCUGGUACCGGUUCCGGACGGCGAGGGAUCAAGAGCCGGACAUCCACAUGAAGCUGAUGAAGAAGUACGUCGACGCUCCCGAGUGGUGGUACGGGGCGCUCCUCGUCAUCGCACUCGGGCUCGGCCUCGCCACUGCCGAGGGUUACGACUCGCAGCUGCCGUGGUGGGCGUUCCUAGUAGCGAACCUACUAGCCAUCGUCUUCGUAGUGCCGACCUGCACCAUCCUCGCCGUGUCCAACAUAGCGCUCGCCCUCAACGUGCUGUCCCCCUACCUGGCCGGCUUCAUCAUCCCCGGGCGGCCCAUCGGCGUCAUGAUCUUCAAGGUCUAUAGCACCAUCACCCUGGGCCAGGCCCAGACAUACAGCGGCGACCUCAAGAUGGCCCACUACAUGAAGAUCCCGCCGCGCAUCACCUUCUGGUGCCAGGUCAUCGCGACCGUGUGGGCGUCGUUUGUGCAGAUCGCGGUCAUGAACUGGACGCUGGGCACGAUUGAGAACUGCUGCGAUCUCAAGCAACCAGCCCACUUCAGCUGCCCCAACGGCCGCACCUUCUUCUCCUCCUCCAUCGUCUGGGGCGCCAUCGGCCCGCAGCGCAUGUUCGGCCCGGGCUCCAUCUACGCGCGCUUCAACUACUUCUGGCUGGUGGGCGCCCUCCUCCCGGCGGCGCUGUACGCGCUCUCCUCCCCCUCCUCGCGUCUGCCGGCCAGCUUCCGCGGCGCCGCGGCGGGCCUGCACGCCCCCGUCAUGCUCGGGGCCAUGAACUGGCUGCCGCCGGCGACGCCGCUCAGCUUCUCGACGUGGGCGGUCGCGGGCCUGGCGUUCAACCGCGGCAUCAGGCGCCGGUGGCCCGGGUGGUGGAGGACGUAUAAUUAUAUCACCGCUGCGGCGCUGGAUGCCGGGCUGGUUAUUGGGACGAUUGUGGUGUUUUUCGCGGUCACGCUGCCGGAUGUCAGGAUCCCGCAGUGGUGGGGGAAUGUGGGUGUUUAUGAGACGGCUGAUGCCGCGUAUACGGCGAUUCUCAAGCUUGUUGGGGAGGGUGAAACCUUUGGGCCUGCUACGUGGUGAUAACUCGAAACUACUAGGGAGGUGGCUUGGAUGAACUGGAUGGAUUUUUCGGACACUAAGCUUAUUUGUAGGUAGAGUGAAGUCGCUGUGACCCGGCCUAGAUAUAUGCCUAAAUAUAUUCCCAGAUUACCUAGAUUACU